CUCCUUCCAACAGCACACGCUCCCUGACAAUAAUCGAGUCAUGCGUUCAGUCAAUAUCAAUACUGUAGCCGGCAGCAGUUAGAUCGUCCCACUCAUUCAACAGAUCCAGUCUCGGCCAUUACAAUCUAAAAUGUAGGUUAGCAACCAUUAUUUAACCUGAAAACUCUGGAACCCAGUGGGCACAUUCAUUUGUGCAAAUAAUUCCCCAAGAGUGGAUGGAUUGAAACUUUUUCUACGUACAGCGCGCUUUUUGCUUCCGCAGGAACUUUCUACGUUCGUUAUUGGAUAAUUGCCGAGUGCCUUGGUUCUUUUGCAUGGAUAACUGACUGUAAGGAUUACAACUGAUUUGCCCUGUGAGAAUAAAACCUCAUCGAAACGGGCUGAGGCAGAAAGUUCACAUAUUCGGUCGUGGAUAUCAAGGUAGUGAAGAUAGGAUAACAUCAACAGAACGGGUAUCUCAUGGCCUAAGACGAUGACCAACAUAUCAGCCUCGGGAGGCUACAUCAUAGCCUACCCUACAACAGAAUAUCCGCUGGUUAACCGAACCCUGAACAUCACCAGCGAAAAUGGCACCGACGACGCGCCGGAUUACAAUUUCGUGAACGACAAUAACUUUUACGACAAAUUUACACCCAUGGUAAAAAUUGACCAGUUUAUUACGCCGAUAUGGUACGCCUUGGGCGUGCCUGGGAACUUUCUCGCAUUCGUUGUGUGGAUGCAGCGCCAGAUGCGGCACUCGUCAGGGGUGUAUCUGGCCACCCUGGCGUUAGUGGAUCUCUGUUUCUUACUGUUGCACAUCAUUCACGAACUGGACGAAGCCUGGGGGAUUAGCACGAGGAGUAAUCACGUGCUCUGUAGCGGAUAUCCGGUGCUCUUUCUCGCCGUUCAGUACAUGUCGCCAGUCCUUGUUUUAGGAUUCACCGUCGAACGGUACAUCAGUGUCUGCCAUCCGUUUCAGAGAGAAAAGUACUGCACGGUGCGGCGGGCGACGAAAGUUGUCGCCCUUCUUAUUGUGAUAUCAUUAUCGUUAGCGAUUAUACAGGGCUACUUUUACAAAUACUACCCUGAAAGAGGUUGUGCGCCAAGAGACGCUAUUCUUGUGGGAGAUACCAAGUCAUUGUGGUUCAUAUGGACGUGGCUAACGGAGCCGCUAGUGUUUGCGCUUGUGCCUCUCGUUGUGCUGAUCUUUAAUAUUCUUGUGAUAAUUGAAGCUCGAAAACUGUCAAAAGCUGAACCUGCUUUCCUGAACAGCAAAACGAGUCAGAAAACAAGCGCUACAACGAUCAUGCUUUUAGCGGUAUCAUUCUAUCUUAUAUUCACCACGCUUCCAAUUACGAUAGUAUAUGCCUUGUAUCUGCAAUUCCCGCCUGGCAGUUUCACCAUUCAGCUAGACGAAGUUCCCGAGAACGGAGUCUGGCACAGACAUUUCGUGUACGGCACGAUACGGACUUGCCUCCAGGAGUUCGCAAUGUCACACUAUGCAUGCAAGUUCUACAUUUAUUGUAUUACAGGAAAAGCGUUCCGAGUCCAACUCAUUAAUUUAUUUGGUCGCAUAUGCUGCAAGAAGGAUAGAGUUCGGGGUUCUGACUACUGGCUUGAGAAUUCGAAAGGGACUACCAAUGCGAGCAUUCGGCAUCAGAACGGAACGUGUGUAUAGCGGCAACUAAAGAGUCAGGGUCAACUGUUAUGGCUGCCGAUGCCGAAAAGUUUUUUGCUCGAAGUCUAACGUCUUAGCUGUAUCAUAAGAACGUGUACAGUACAUCAAUUGCUUGGCUGUUCUGGUGGUUUUAAAUUUUCUGUAGGACCCUAAAAUCCCAGUUCUCCAAAGAAUGUAUGUAGCAAACGCAACACCUCUCGCCUGACAGCAAAGUAAUGUGUUUUUUUGUUAACAUUUGACAUUAAAUAUCGGCAGCCACGACAGUAAGCGAAGAGUCUGAAACCGGGUAUUUUUGUAUAAUUUGUAACCAGUGUGAAUUGAAUCGAUGUAUCGACGUGCUUUAUAAAGGAUUAUUCUAUGUUGCCAGAUUUAGGCAAAUUAUCAAGAGUUGGAAGAGGACUAUCGUGUACCAGCGCAACUUUAUCUGCUCAUGAGAAAUGCAUUACGUCUCAUCUGAAAACAUUUCCAGGGGUCAGACAGAUGGCACUUCUAAAAUCCUGUGACGUACACUGGUUUUAACCAAUUACGCCAUCUAGCCGAAUCUGCUUGAACGUUAGUGUUGUCACCAUGAGCGAACAAUGAGGCUGUGAGGUUGGUGCGAACUGCGUUUUGUAAAGUAUCGCUUUCUUAGGAUUAUGGGCAAGUGCAAGCAAAUGGCCCAGCCAUUACAGCUCGGCACUUGAGGUAAUAUCUUGGAGGAGACCUAAUAUUCAUGUAUUAGAAUCUAUCCCUCAAUUUGCCAAUCAAAUCGAAAUUGACCCAUUCAUGAAAAUGCUCAUGACUCAAUCUGUUAAAUGAAUUCGGCCACAUGAAUGAAGUGUUUAUGCCUCCCCAGUUGUCGCAUUGCUCUCUGUCAGCCCUGUACAGUGGCACUCAUAAAAGUUAAGAUGGUUUCCUAUUUUAGGAAAAUCACGGAUAAAUCACGGGUAUUCAGACUCUUUGCGGAAAAGCCAGAAAAAUCACGGAAGAAUGUGUCCUUCCCUAGGAUUUUGUGGUUACGAGUGGGAUGAUCCGAUUGGUUACUUGAAAACGGUUGUUAUCAUAAAAUGAACUCAACCCUCCCUUCUGGUGGUGACUUCGUCCUCAUAAGCCCAAUUUGCGUGAGAGGAGAAUGCCACUUUAAGCAAAUUAUGUUCUUUCAUUCUCCUUCGGAAUAGUUUUUUCCAUUAUACGUGUACGUUUACGUUGAUGGUAUCUCCUGGUUACUUUCAGGUGGAUAAUCAGUGAUGAUCCUGAAAAUUGUUUUUGAUGCUGAUUUGGCUUGUAAUUGGAAGCGUAUUCGGUCUUUGAUUGAUUAUACAGUGUCAAGAGUAAAUUUAUACUCGUUCCCGCGACAACAUGGCCAACGGACAGCUGUCCAUAGUAUUGUGCUUCUUCUGGUUUCCGGUAUACAACAGGAAGUCGGACCUUUUUUCAUAUGGCUUAUUAUCUGGAAUAUUUUUCAAAUAAAUAUAUCAUAAAACGUA